GCAUACCUAUCCUCUCACGCAACACCUGUUCUCCCCAUUGUGCCCCCUCUUCCCUUCUCGCUUCUUCCUCCUCCGGACGCCUUUUUCAUCGUCGCCGACCUCCAAGCCAAGCUACUUUUUGAAGCCUGUGCAAGUUGAGCGGUCUGUUGUCACCGAAGGGUCUGUUGGAAUUUACGUGAAGAUCCUCUUUGUAGCUUGAUGACAUCUGAAUUCAUCCAUUUUGCCCGUUUAGUUUCUUGAGUUUUAUCCUAGCGAUUCAGAUAUAACAUUUGGCAUUUGGCAACCCAGUGCGCUUCAUCGUAGAGAGGGUUUUCUUGGUGGUGCUGAACUGGAGGAUUUAUUCACUGCUAGGAAUAAAUGGAGUUAAAUAUGGUACAUGAUGUAUUUGACCGAGUUGCUAAGAAGCAGAAGCUUUUGUCUUCUAGAACUCAAGAACUCAUUGACCAUGUUGGAUGGGAGAUUGAGCAGGCAAAGUUGAAGAUGCAGCCGAUUGAGAGUACUACUGGCUGUACUGAUCCAAAAUCUAUACUGGUUGAUCUGAAGACCAAACUGAAUGAGAUUGCACCACUAAACCAAUUAGAAGGACUCCAGAAGGAGCUGAACUUUGGACUUGGAAAAUAUGUCAAAACACUUGAGAAGUGUUUCAAUUCAGAUAUAUCAAAAGCACAUCGAAAAGUUGACUUUGAUGUCCACAUAGUAAAUCAGAUUAUUGCAACCCACUUCUACCGCCAUGGCAUGUUCAAUAUCGGUGACUGCUUCAUAAGAGAAGCAAACGAGCCAGAAUCUGCAGCCAUUAAAUCUGCUUUCCUGGAGAUGCAUGAAAUAGUCGAGGCUAUGAGGUGUAGGAACCUUGAACCUGCUCUUUGCUGGGCUUCCAAGCAGAGUGAAUGGUUAUUGCACAAUGGUUCUAGUCUUGAACUGAAGCUUCACCAACUGCAGUUUGUAGAGAUACUACAGAACGGAAGCAGAAAUGAGGCUCUCACUUAUGCAAGGACUCGUCUAGCCCCUUUUGCUCCGGUGCACAUGGUCACAUUCCAAAAGUUGAUGGCCUGUCUGUUAUGGGCUGGUAAGAUCCACCAGUCCCCAUACGCUGACUUCAUGUUGCCUAGUCACUGGGAGACCGUAGCUGAGGAGUUCAUGCAACGGUUCUGCAGCCUGCUGGGCCAGUCUUAUCAAAGCCCACUUGGUGUGACAAUAGCAGCAGGCAUUCAAGGGCUGCCGGUGCUGCUGAAGAUAGAAAGUGUGAUGGCUACUAAGAAGCAGGAGUGGCUGACGAUGACAGAGCUCCCUGUUCCAGUGGACCUGGGAAGGGAGUUCCAUUUUCACUCAAUCUUCAUUUGCCCAGUGCUGAAAGAGCAGGGGAGUGAUGAGAACCCUCCGAUGAUGAUUCCAUGUGGGCAUGUGCUCUCCAAGCAGUCGAUAGUGAAGCUCUCCAAGAACAGUACACGAGCUUUCAAGUGUCCUUACUGUCCAUCGGAGGCGACCGUGGCCCAAUCUAGGCAACUUUACUUUUAGGUGUUGGGCAGGCUUCUUGUGGCUGUCGUGCAGCUCGGGUGUAAUCUGCUGUUGUAUCUUGUCUCAGGAUUGGUUGUGCUGUAAUGUGGGGAAAAUGGCUAUGACCUUUUGAUACCUUUGGUUCGAAAUCUCCUGAUAUUUGAUCGAGAUCUUCGGAAAGUUCUGUUCAUCCCGAGAUAUCAUUAUCCUGAUUCUGGAUGUUGUAUA